GAACAUGGCCACGAUUAAAUUUUUUCCACGUGUAAAAUACGUAUUGGUAACGUGCGUAGAUUGAUUGGUUGGACACUUUUCUUGCCCUACAAAAAUAGCAAACAAAGUUGUCACCGGUGGCAUUUGUUUUGGUCUCUGCUCAAAGGUGAGGUCCAAGUUCUCUGUUACUUUUCCAUCUCACAAGAAUAAGAAGGUGAAAAAGUUCCCAUCACAAACUUGAUUACAUAUUUCGGGUUUGCCAAACCAAAGAAAAAAUCGAGCUUUAGACAUACCUCAAACACAAAACCAGAAUAGUUUAGUAGUAUUAUUUAAUGUUGUUUCAUUCGGAAGUGGCUACGUGGUUUUGAGAACGUGAUUUGAGGAAUGAGAGGAGAAGAUCAUGGAAUUUUGGUCAGAAUUUCUUGCAAGCAGUUCGGGAAGAGAGUUUGUAGCAGGUGGCUUCGGAGGCAUCGCAGGUAUAUUUGCAGGUUAUCCACUUGACACUCUCCGAAUCAAAUUACAGAACACAAAAAAUGGCUCUGCUGUCACCAUCUUUAAGCACAUGGUGUUAAGGGAAGGAACAUGUUCUUUGUACCGUGGCAUGGCCGCACCAUUAGCCACCGUUACUUUUCAGAAUGCAAUGGUUUUCCAAACGUACGCGGUUCUGUCAAGGGCGUGUGACUUAUCUGUAUCUCCUAAAGACCCUGCAUCCUACAAGGGUGUUGCAUUAGGAGGAACUGGCACAGGAGCACUUCAAAGUCUGUUACUUUCCCCUGUGGAGCUGAUAAAAAUUCGACUUCAGAUGCAAAAAGAAAGCCAGAUGGCAGAAUCCAUAAAGGGUCCUAUAAGGCUGGCGAAACACAUUUGGAGAAAAGAAGGCCUUCGAGGCAUUUAUCGAGGACUUGGUGUGACUGUGUUAAGAGAUGGACCCUCUCAUGGUUUAUACUUCUGGACAUACGAAUACAUGAGGGAACGACUCCACCCUGGUUGCAGAAAAAGUGGUGAAGAAAGUUUGCAGACUAUGUUAGUAGCGGGAGGAUCUGCAGGCGUGACUAGUUGGAUCAGUUGCUACCCUUUGGAUGUUGUGAAGAGUAGAUUGCAGGCUCAAACACCCUCUUCUCUCAAGUACAAAGGCAUCGUAGAUUGUUUCAGAAAGAGUGUUAAAGAAGAAGGAUACAGUGUGCUGUGGCGGGGUUUAGGAACUACAGUUGCCAGAGCUUUCAUAGUAAAUGGAGCCAUAUUCUCUGCGUAUGAAGUUGCGCUCAGAUUACUGUUUCGCAACCCAAGUAUUCAUACCAAAGAAACUAUUUAGGAGAAACGCCAUUUUAGGUAAAAACCACCGACAUAACCCAUUGCAAGAUGUAAUUCACAGAUACUCUGUACGUAAUAAAAUAGAUUCCGCUAACUAAUGGAUAAUGGAAGGAAAAAAAAGUUCAUCUAAGCAUUUCAGAAUUCAUUAUUUUCUUUUUA